CACCGCUGUCUCUCACUGCAGCCCUCUGUCCGGCCGUGGGUCCCGGGCGCCCCGCCCGCCCUGCCCAUGAGGGGGCCCCGCGACCACCGCUGCCUCCAGCCCGGGGCGGCGCGGCGCUGAGGCGGUGGCGGCGCUGCCCCCUCUGUGGGAAGCUGACGGCCUCGGCCCCCUCCCCGAGGGCACCAUGGAGGUGAAUGCAGGAGGUGUGAUUGCCUACAUAAGUUCUUCCAGCUCAGCCUCUAGCCCUGCCUCUUGUCACAGUGAGGGUUCUGAGAAUAGUUUCCAGUCCUCCUUUUCUUCUGUUCCAUCUUCUCCAAACAGCUCUAAUUCUGAUAACAAUAGUAAUCCCAAAAGUGGUGAUCUCGCCAAUAUUGAAGGCAUCCUGAAGAAUGAUCGAAUAGAUUGUUCUAUGAAAACAAGCAAAUCCAGUGCACCUGGGAUGACAAAGAGUCAUAGUGGAGUGACAAAAUUUAGUGGCAUGGUUCUGCUGUGUAAAGUCUGUGGGGAUGUGGCAUCAGGAUUCCACUAUGGAGUUCAUGCUUGUGAAGGCUGUAAGGGUUUCUUUCGGAGAAGCAUUCAGCAAAACAUCCAGUACAAGAAAUGCUUGAAGAACGAAAACUGUUCUAUAAUGAGAAUGAAUAGGAACAGAUGUCAGCAGUGUCGCUUCAAAAAGUGUCUGUCUGUUGGAAUGUCGAGAGAUGCUGUUCGGUUUGGUCGUAUUCCUAAGCGUGAAAAACAGAGGAUGCUAAUUGAAAUGCAAAGUGCGAUGAAGACCAUGAUGAACAGCCAGUUCAGUGGUCAUUUACAGAAUGACACAUUAGUAGAACAUCAUGAACAGACAUCCUUACCAGCCCAGGAACAGCUGCGACCCAAGCCUCAGCUGGAGCAAGAAAACGUCAAAAGCUCUUCUCCUCCUUCUUCUGAUUUUGCAAAGGAGGAAGUGAUUGGCAUGGUGACGAGAGCCCACAAGGAUACCUUUAUGUAUAAUCAAGAGCAGCAAGAAAACUCAGCGGAGACCUUGCAGCCCCAGAGAGAACGGAUUGCCAAGAACACGGAGCAAUAUAAUUUAAAUCAUGAUCAUUGUGGCAGUGGGCUUAGCAGCCAUUUUCCUUGUAGUGAGAGCCCGCAGAAUCUCAAUGGACAGUAUAAAGGGAGGAAUAUAAUGCAUUACCCAAAUGGGCAUGCCAUUUGUAUUGCAAAUGGACAUUGUAUGAACUUCUCCAAUGCUUAUACUCAAAGAGUAUGUGAUAGAGUUUCGAUAGAUGGAUUUUCUCAGAAUGAGAACAAGAAUAGUUACCUGUGCAACAAUGGAGGGAGAAUGCAUCUGGUUUGUCCAAUGAGUAUGUCUCCAUAUGUGGAUCCUCAUAAAUCGGGGCAUGAAAUCUGGGAAGAAUUUUCAAUGAGCUUCACCCCAGCAGUGAAAGAAGUGGUGGAAUUUGCAAAGCGUAUUCCUGGAUUCAGAGAUCUCUCUCAGCAUGACCAGGUCAACCUUUUAAAGGCUGGAACUUUUGAGGUUUUAAUGGUACGGUUUGCGUCAUUAUUUGAUGCAAAAGAGCGUACUGUCACCUUUUUAAGUGGAAAGAAGUAUAGUGUGGAUGAUUUACACUCAAUGGGAGCCGGGGAUCUGCUAAACUCGAUGUUUGAGUUUAGUGAGAAGCUGAAUGCCCUCCAACUUAGUGACGAAGAGAUGAGUUUGUUUACAGCAGUUGUCCUGGUAUCUGCAGAUCGAUCUGGAAUCGAAAACGUCAACUCUGUGGAGGCUUUGCAGGAAACCCUCAUCCGUGCACUAAGGACCUUAAUAAUGAAAAACCAUCCAAACGAGGCCUCUAUUUUUACAAAACUUCUUCUAAAGUUGCCAGAUCUUCGAUCUUUAAACAACAUGCACUCUGAAGAGCUCUUGGCCUUUAAAGUUCACCCCUAAGGCCUUUGUUUAUUUAAACACAAACUGAUUCAUGCUAACUGUACAUUUCGUGCUAAAAUGCUUAUUUAUAUGUGUAUAUCAUACGUGGACAUAGAAAAGACCUUUAAGACAAUGCGAGGUUGUAGGCCAUCUCUGUGAUCAUGCAGUAGCUGUUUGGGUGGAGAUUUCUUCAGCCGUGAUUAGACAUUGACCACAUUUCCAUGAUAGACCAAUCAGCUGUGUCGCACUUAAACUGGAGAAGUUACACUGAAUUAUAGUUACACUGAAUGUUAGACUUUAUUUCAUCUGCCAAAACCAAAAACCAUUUCGAUCUCCCUGUGGUAUAACUAUAACGCACAAUCACAAGUAUAUGAGGACAUAAAAAUUAAUCUUUUGUGGUGGAAGUUCUAUUGUGUGAUGGAAAUUUGAUCUCACCGCAAGACUAUUUGAUCUAGUAAUUGGAGACUUUUAGGAGGUUUCCAUGUCUCUGUUUUACUCUACCGCCAUUAAAGAGUGAUCCUGGGCGGGUUAGUUUGUUGUGGAAAAUGAGAAUUGAUAGUGUUCCCAAUGCCCCACCUCACAGAGAUAAUAAAAAAUGUCUAUAAAGCAUAUUUACCUCUUGGGAGAUAGGCACUAUGUAAAUAAGGUAAAAUUUUUGUUGUUAUAAUUAUUCAUUAUAAUAAUCUUAUUUGUAAGCCUUUCUGAGAAAUCAUUUCCCAGUCCACACCAAUCUAUUAUUCAGGGUUCCUGCAUAUGUGUGCGGUGUUGUCCUGGCACACACAUAUUCAAAGUUUAUGGGUACAUCAAAUACAUAGUAUGUGUACAUAAUAUGUAUGUGAAUAUAGCUAUACAUAAAUAUAUUUCUUCACAAUAUUUUAAACUGUGAAGAACUUUAUCAUACAAUAAACUUAAGAGGUGUCAAAAGACCCAAUUAGGUGCAUUUUACCUGUUGAUGACAUAACCAUUGCAUUAAAUGUUUAGACAGUAGAAUAUUGAAUUUAUGUUCUAUUUUUGUUUAAGCAACACUUAAUAUAAAAGUGCAACAGGCAAUCGAGUCCAAAUUUCAAAAAAUACAUAUUUUAGCGUUCAUCUUUAGUAAAAUCUUUGGUUCAAGGUACUAGUUGUUGAAAAAUUUAUUCAGAUUCUUACCUAAAAAAGGUUGCAUUGCUGCCCCUUAUACACAUGCUGCAGCUUGAUGAUAAAUAUUUUUAUUCUUUUGGAGAACCAGUCAAUGUUUAAGAAAACCGUUUACUAUGUUGGUGUGUGUGUGCAUGCGUGUGUGUGAGUGUGAGAGAGCGAAAGAGAAUGAAAAUGUGUUCUGAGUCCAUUUUUUUUCCCUAAAUAACACUACAGGGAUUUUGUCAAAUUAGAUUUAGUCUAUAAUUUGGAAACUCAUUUAGUGCAUGACCUACAGGUUUAGAAAUGGGAUAGUCUAAGACAUUUCAUUCACAUUUCUAACUUGGGCUUUAUCGAAUAGAUAAGAUUAACCUCUGUUUAUGGCAGUAGGAGAAAUAGCCAAAGUUGAGGAUUUUAUGUAUGUUUUUCUGUUUACCUAGAAAAUAGCAAUUAAUUGGGAUUUUUUGGUAAAGAUUGCCUUCUAUAUAAUUUUUUUGGAUUAUAUAAAAUUGUGAAAAUGAAAAGAGCCCACUUUACUAUACUCAGCCUGUUCCUUUAAUGACAUGUGAGCAGAAUGCCUUAUUUUGUAAUCUUGUUUAACUUGUUGCUACAGGGACUUGAAUUUCUGGGGCACUAGUUAAGUAAGUUUAAAAAAAAGUUAAACCCUCUCAUUAUUAAAGAGGGAAGGUGAUGGUGAUGUCUGUAAUACAAUAUAAACCAUAAUUGUGAUUUACCUUAAAUAGGUAUGACUUUUAUGGGAUAUACAGUAUAGUUUUUGUGAAUUCUUUACAUGAUAGCAUUAUCUUUUUAUAAUUUUUUUUUUUCCUCAGAUAAAUGCAUAGUUUUCUUCUGUGGGGGAUAGAAACAGCUUUUUGAAGUAAUACUGAAAACCUCAAAGAUCAUGUCGAUUCUUAAUUUUUGCCUUUUGCAUAAGCCUCUUUAUAACAUGUAUCUUUAAAAUAAUUACUAAGUCUUUAGGAAUGUUUAACCAGAACUAUGUUAGCAUUGCUUAUAAAACCUUAGUUAGGUUCGAUAUAUACACGUAUACAUCUAUGUAUAGGUAUAUAGAUUUGCAUUUUGUCUUGUAAAAUUUUAUUUGAAUGAAUUCUUCCUUUAGGUAAUGGGAAACAAUUAAUAGUUCAUCUGCCACUCAUAGCAUUUCUACAUUUGAAAAUAGCCCAAUAUUGAAACUUCUAAUUCUCAAAUUAAACCAGCAGCCUAUUACAAGCACAUUCUUUGAUUGAGUCAUAAACUUACUAAAUGCAGAGAAGACAACCAGUUUAGAAAACUUCCAAGUGGGUGGGACACUGUUGAUUGAUUAAUAACGUACUGUAUUAAGUGAUGCUUUAACUCUGAUUUUACAUUUUAAAGUUAAAAUACGGGCAUUAUGUCAGCAAACUUAAGGGCAUUAUGUCAACAAGCUAAAACUUUUUUUUCCUGUGCUUUUAAUGUAUCUCUACACGAUCUGAGAGGAUUCAAGCUUUUAGAGAGAAAUAGCUGAGGGAAAGGGGGAAACAUCUUGGGAUGAAGCUUUUCUUAAUGGUGAUGGUUUAAUUACAGAUUAAAAAAUUAGAAGGAAAUUUCAGUGGAUUAAAUAUAACUUUCAUAUCUGCAUUUCAAGAAAUUACCAUUGUAACUUGAUAAGAUAUGAUUUAUUUCAUGUAAACAUUGCAAAGCAAGGUGUAGAAACUCAGCUAGGUUUAUUACUGUGCACGAGAGUAAGUACCUAUUGAUUAUUCUUUUUCUUUUCCAAUAUAAAGUUUGCUGAAUGUACAAGAGGAGUUUAUCGCUUAGGAUAUGAAAUUUUUUUUAGGGGUUUGGGGGGAGGGGCUCUGUCAGGAAAUGACCUAAAAACAAAGAUUGUCUUGAUUUGGUCCAAAAUAAAACUCGAAGCUUAUUCUUGAACUAACAUGGAAAAAUAAAACGGCUAUUGUUUAAAAAAAAUGACAAAUAUAUUGUUGACAAGAUAUGAAUUAAGUUUAUUUUCUACCAAUUGCUAUUGAUGAGGACAUGGAUAAUACCUUCAUGUUUCUGAAAAGUAAUCUGUACAUGGGGGGCGGGGAUAAUAAAUAUUUCUAACCAAG